UUUGCACGUAGGCUGGGCGCACCAGUGCUGCUGAUAGGAGUGAAAGCAGAGAGCCUGUACCUGCCAGGUGGGAGUGAGUCCUGCCUCGUUACUGGCUGAGAGGAGUUAAAUGGGAGCAGUGGAGCUCCUCCUACUUCCCUGUCUGCACAAAAGCGCCGAUGAAAGUAGCUGGGGCGUAAAAAGAGAAAGAAAUGUGCCAGUAGUGGAAUCCUGGGAACAGAGCAGAGCCACAGAGUCACAGAGUCAAGCAGCUGAGACAAUCACAGAUUCAAGUUCGUGAGACGCUGACCAGCAGAUCCAUAACUCAAACAUUCAGAAACCAUGGCCUCCGUCGCGCCUUUCAGCCGCAGACAGUGGGCAUCGCAGUCACUGAGGGUCACCGCCAAGGAGCUGUCCAUCGUCAACGCUCGGGGGAAAAACAACGCCAUCGCUGAGCGCUUCUCCAAGUAUCAGAUGGCAGCAGAGGAGGGAAAUGCAGACAAGAAGAAAAUGGUUGCAGAACCUGUGUCUCCAACACUUCGCAGCGGGAAUCUAAGUGUUUUAAAGAAACGCUGGGAGCAGCAGCAGCAGCAGCCGUCAUCCAGCCAUAAAACCCUAACUCAGGAGAACGCACCCAGCCGUCCCAACAACCCUGAGACCCACCCACCAGGCCACCAGCCUACUUCCAGGGAACUGACGGAGCCUAGGAGUGACGUCCUGAAGUCUAGCUCUCUCUCCCAGGGUGAGGACAGUGAUCCAGAGACACACUCUCCAAUCAGUCAACACCAGGCGGCACAACCAGAAGACCUGAGCGACAUGGAGGCCAGUAGAGACUCACAGGGCCUGCAGAGGGCAGCAGCAGCAGCAGCAGCAGCUGAGGUGCCUGAAUGUGAAAAACCCAGUGUGCCACUCAACAGCCUGAAGAUGAUGUUUGAGAAGGGAGAGAACCUGAGUGACCAGGUUUCCAGAGAGCAGACGAUGGACCAGAUCAUGGGCGAUGGAAGUCUUGCAGACUCCACUCCUCUCAGAGACCGGAUGGCCCUCUACCAGGCUGCCAUCUCCAAACAGGAUGUAAAUACUGAUCAGCUGGACAGUUUCUGUGGAAAGCAGAAGGAAAAUGUCCCUCCGUUCAAUCUGGACAUGAGUCCAGAGUCGGAGCCAAAUGGCAGAAAAGGUUUUCCUGCCGAGAGCAACGGAUCAGCUCCUGGAACUCCAGCAUCCAAUCAGAAAGACUCCUCUCAGCCCAGGACUCCCAGAAACUUCCAGCUGCCGAUCAGAGAGACCUGUGUGUCCUGUCUGAAGACGGUGUAUCCCCUGGAGAGACUGGUGGCCAAUCAGAGCAUUUAUCACAGCUCCUGUUUCCGCUGCUUCCACUGUAACUCCAAACUCAGUUUGGUGAACUACGCCUCACUCCACAACAGCGUCUACUGUAAGCCACACUUCAAUCAGCUCUUCAAAGCCAAAGGCAACUAUGACGAGGGUUUCGGCCACAGACCCCACAAGGAGCUGUGGGAGACCAAGGGCGAGAGCUGUGAGACUUCACCUCAGUCCAACGACCAGACCAGACCCACGGUCCAGAGCUCCUCCUCAGCCUCUGACCUGGACAGCCCCAGCGUGGAGGACUCUCCAUUGGCCAAAGUCAACGUGCUGACGGCCACCAUGGAGGCUCUGGGACAGGGGACGCCGGAGAAGUCCGACCGGCCCGCCGAGGCCCGUCGGCUGAAGAUCUCCUGGCCUCCGCGCACAGAGUCGGAGGACGGCGGCUGCGGAGCGGCGACCGUCGCAGAUGGAGGUUCUGCUGGGAAGCUCAUCAAAGCCAAGUGGCCUCCUGAGGAGGAGCUCCACGCCUCAGCCAACGAGCACGCCGAAGAGAUCUCCUGUCUGCGCCGCAGCUCCUCCCUGAAGGAGCGCAGCAUGCCCUUCACUCUGGCCAAGCAGAGCGAGGAGAGUCCCGCUCCUGAGGCCGGGAGGCAGAGUCCACCUCCUCCUGAGGAGGAGCAGCUGCUGAGUCCUGAACCGUCCAACAUGGAGCUGCAGCACGGCGGCUGCAUCCAGCUGUCACAAAGUCUCACGGAGGACAGUUGUGUGGACAUCCAGAGCAGCUCAGGAGAGGAGGAGGAGGACAAGGAGGAGGAAGAGGAAGAGCAGCAGCAGGAGGUGGAAGAAGUGGAAGAGGAGGACAUGAAGAGUGAAGACAAUCAUGUCACACAGGAGGAGGAUGAGGAGGCUCUGGGAGGACAGCCUGAGCAGCAGGAAGAAGAGGAAGAGGAGGAGCAAAUGGAGGAGGAACAAAUAGAGGAGGAAGAUGGAGGCGUGUUGGACGAAAUGUCAGCAGAACCAACAGCCGUCCCUCCUCCUGAGGCUGAGGUGGAGGUCAGCCGCUCCCCCCAGGAUGUUGGAUUCUGGGACAGCGAAGAGGUGGAUGAUAAAGAGGAGGAGCCGGAGCAGCAGCAGCAGCAGGAGGAGGAGGAGGCACUGACCGUGGAGGAGAUGAUAAAACGUAACAGAUACUAUGAGGAUGAAGAGGAGGAGGAGGAGGACGUGUGAAGAUGAUCAGCCAACACACUGACAGCCACAGACACUUCCUGCCGUUUCACAGCUUCUUCUUCUUCUUCUCUUCCUGGACGUGGCUGCAGUCUGAACUCUCAGCUCUACUUUGUGCCUCUUUCGUCACUUUGACCAAUGCUUCCAAACAUUCCAGCUAACGCUUUUUAUAAGAACACCACAGAUGAUGUCACCACAACAAUAUUGUUUUUAAAAGUCCAACUAUUUAAAAUGAAAUCCCUGUAAACGAAGCUGCACAACAGAAAAACUUACUUUUUUAAAAAACAUCGAUUCCAUCCAAACGUUCACCAGCUUCACGACGACGUGUCUGUGAUUAGUGUUUUUUAUCUGAGAAAAAAAAAUAGAUUUAACAUGAAGAAUGACUAUUGGAACUUUCUUUUCAGUUGCCAUGGAGAAAAAGUACAAUCAACGUUCUUCACUUUGAAUAUCCACGACUAGACCUGAAUGUUUUAAAGACCCAGGGACCAAAUAUCCUUGACUGCUACUGUUUAAAUAAAUAAAUUGUUAUAUGAAAAAUAA